ACUCGCCGUUUCUUUUCGGCCCUUUGAAGAUAAAAAUUAAAAGCCUACUACGCCCAUAAAGUUUGGGGAAAACCUUCUUCAAAAAUCUUCAUCGAUUCCUCAGAACUUUACUUCUACCCUACUUUUUUUCGGAUAUUAGCCGGCCGGCGGGAGAAGCAGGAAACCCGAUUUCCCGAGUGGUUGAUCAAAUGACGAACAACUUGACUUCCCAGAGUGAGGAGACGGAGCUUGAAGUGAGACCUGGCGGCAUGCUGGUGCAGAGAAGAGACGGCGAUGAUCCUGAUCACAGUCCCGGUGGUGAGCCUUCGAUCAAGAUUAAUGUUGCUCUUGUCCCUGCUCAGCAUGAGGUCCAUGUCCCCGCUCAGUAUACUUUCGGUGAGUUGAAAAUGAUUAUUGAGCAGAGAACAGGUUUGGAAUGUGGGCGGCAGAAGCUGUUGUUCCGAGGUAAAGAGAAAGAAGAUGGAGAGUAUUUGCAUGAUGCCGUCAAAGAAGAAGAGCAGCAGCCUUCAAUCUCUGAAGUGGAGGACAAAGAGGAGAUCUUGAAGGCGCUUCGAGCUAUUGAUGAAGUUAGGGCUGAGGUUGAUAUGCUGGCCGGAAGAGUGUCUGCACUUGAAGUUGCUAUCAAUUGUGGAACAAAGGUUGCUGAAAAGGAAUUUGUUGUAUCGGCAGAGUUACUGAUGAGGCAGUUGCUGAAACUGGAUAUGAUCGAGGCUGAAGGAGAAGCUAGGGUUCAACGGAAGGCUGAGGUGCGGCGAAUCCAGAAUUUCCACGAGCUGCUGGACAACUUGAAGGCAACAAAUGCGAAGCCAGUCAACACAAACGUCAAUGUUGCCACCGUGACGACUGAUUGGGAAACGUUUGACUCCGGAAUGGGAAGCUUGACGCCACCACCGCCGGGGACAUCUUCUUCAACUGCCAUCACCGAGGAAUGGGAAAGGUUUGAUUAGGUAAACAAAGGAGCCCUUCUCAACUACUCCUGCCAACGAAACGUUUGGACAUAUAUAGUUCACUGAACAGCAUAUAACACUCGUACCAUAUUCAGAAGGUGGUGUCAUUCUUGGUUUCUUUUUACUGGUACUGCCGAAACAAGUUUACGAAGAAACUGCCUGCCAAUUUGCUGUAAGAUCCAUCAUUGCGAUCAUUCACUUGUGUGAGGUAUAUUGUUACUGUUUUAGGCGACGGACUAGAUAGCAAACACUGAUCGUUGGGUUCUGAUGUUCACAAAACAGCUGUCGAACCAACUGAUAUAAUAAUAUAUAAUAGAUAUAACCUGAAUACAUACAAAAACCCUGAGAGAACUUAAACACGAAGAAAAAAAACAAAAAACUCACAAUAUGUA